GGCCGCGCCGCACGAUGUGGGUGCCGCUACUGGCGUGCCUCACCGCGGGGAUCGUCUCCGUGCCCAAGUGCCAGCGCGGCCCCGGGGCCCUCCUCGGGGCGGCCCGGCUGCUGGCGGCCGUGCCGGGACUCUGCCAGCGCCCGGAAAACAGAUGUGCCACUUCAAAUGCAGUAACAUGUACAAAGUGUCUUGCUUUGGGUCCAGAGUGUGGAUGGUGUGCUCAAGAGGAUUUCAUGGCCGAUGCAACACAGAAGGGACGCUGUGACACUGUUUCCAACUUAAUGAAAAGAGGCUGCCAAUCAGAUUUUGUAGAAAAUCCCACAGUUCGUGUAACAAUACCCAGCGAUCAAGAAACAAAUACACAAGUGACACCAGGAAAAGUUUCAGUCCAACUGCGUCCAGGAAGUGAAGCAAACUUUAUAUUAAAAGUUCAUCCUCUGGAGAAGUAUCCUGUGGACCUUUACUAUUUAGUUGAUGUCUCAGCUUCUAUGCACAACAAUAUAGAGAAACUAAAUUCUGUUGGAUUUGCUUUAUCUAAAAAGAUGGCGAAUAUUUCUCUUGAUUUUCGACUUGGAUUUGGAUCCUAUGUGGAUAAAACUGUGUCACCCUAUAUUAGCAUUCACCCAGGUAGAAUCCAUAACCAAUGCAGUGAUUAUAAUUUAGAUUGUAUGCCACCUCAUGGUUAUAUUCACGUUCUAUCCCUGACUGACAAUAUAGCAGAAUUCAGAAAUGCAGUGAAUAAACAAAAAAUUUCUGGGAAUAUUGAUACACCUGAAGGGGGGUUUGAUGCGAUGCUCCAAGCAGCUGUGUGCCAGAGCCACAUUGGGUGGCGCAAAGAAGCCAAGCGACUACUUCUUGUGAUGACAGAUCAAACUUCCCACCUGGCCCUCGAUAGUAAAUUAGCGGGGAUCGUAAUUCCCCAUGAUGGAAACUGUCAUUUGAAAGAUAACGUGUACGUCAAAGCUACGAGUAUGGAGCAUCCAUCUCUUGGGCAGCUGUCUGAAAAAUUGAUUGACAAUAACAUCAAUGUUAUUUUUGCAGUUCAAGGAAGCCAGUUCCAUUGGUAUAAAGAUCUGUUACCUCUGUUGCCUGGUACUGUUGCAAGACAAAUAGAAUCACAAGCAGCAAAUCUCAAUGAUUUGGUGGUAGAAGCCUAUCAGAAACUAAUCUCUGAAGUGAAAAUCCAAGUGGAUAACCAGAUCCAGGAUCUUAAUUUCAAUAUCACUGCAAUCUGUCCUGAUGGAAGUAAAAAAACUGGCAUGGAAGGAUGUAAAAAUGUGGGAUAUAAUGAAGAAGUACUUUUCAAUGUAUCAGUUACAAUGAAAGGAUGUGACACAACUGGAGGAAGAAAAUAUGUGAUACUUAAGCCUAUCGGUUUCAAUGAAACCACCAUCAUUAAUGUACAGAAAAGCUGUGCCUGUCAGAGUGGAGAUGGUGCAAGGCAGAAAAGAGUGUGGGCUGAUGAAACUUUUCCUGAUAGCAAACAGCCCCAUUGCAGUGACAACGACUGUAGCUCUCAUGGAGAUACGGUUCCUUCUGAGAGGUGCAGGCGACACCCGGACCAGCCCAUCUGCAGUGGUCAAGGAAAUUGCAUAGAUGGAAAAUGUUUCUGCUACAAAAACAAGCUAGGCAAGGUGUAUGGCAAGUACUGCGAAAUGGAUGACUUUUCCUGCCCGUAUCACCAAGGAAACUUAUGUUCUGGUAAUGGUGAAUGUGAAGCUGGUAAAUGUAAAUGCUUUGCUGGCUGGGAAGGGGAUCGUUGCCAGUGUUCAUUACAAUCAGCAAAACAGUGCCUGAAUUCAAAGGGCCAGAUUUGUAGUGGAAGAGGAAAUUGUGUAUGUGGAAAGUGUGAGUGCACUGACCCAAGAAGCUUUGGCCGUUUGUGUGAAUAUUGCCCUGCUUGUAACAAAGCCUGCGAAGAAAACUGGAAUUGUGUUCAGUGCCAUCAUUCUAACAAUGCAUCUCAAGCUAAACUUGACCAGUGUAAAACCUCAUGUGCUUACCUGUUACAUUACAUUGACCAAACUUCAGAAUGUUUCUCUGGACGAAGCUACUUCAGAGUGUUUUCCAUAAUCUUUAUAGUUACAUUUCUGAUUGGGUUGCUUGUUGUACUUAUCAUCAGGCAGAUAAUUCUGCAGGGGAAUAGCAAUAAAGUUAAAUCUUCAGCUGAUUACAGAGUGUCUGCAACAAAGAAGGAUAAGAUGUUUUUGCCUACUGUUUGUACAAGAACAGUAACAUACAGACGAGACAAACCAGAGGAAAUAAAUAUCGACAUCAGCAAGUUACGAUUAAACGAAACUUUCAAGUGUGAAUUCUGAAGACUGUGUGUUUUCUGCAAAUUUCUAUUUUCAUCAUUCUCUACUUUUUAAAAGUUACCACUCUGUCAGAGUCUUGACUGUUGCUGUUUGUUUUCGUGUCAUGCAUUUUGUUGGAUACUGUAACAAAGUGACAUGUAAGCAUAUUCACAUAAUGUGACUAUGUCUGAACUAUAGCUGCUGUAUUUUUUUUUUUUUGAAAGAGGAAUGUGCGUUACUACUGUUCAGGAACGUUAGUGUUGAUGUAGCACUUUAAUGUAUUCUAAUUUAUUUAGUUCUGGCAUAGAAUGUAGAUAUGAACAGGUCUGACAAAGCACUGAUCUCGCUGUACAUGUAGCUAGUACUGAUAUGCUCUGUGGGAAUGGACAAAGCUGUGACUGAAAUAUUAACAUUGCUGUAUAUUAUAGCAAUAGGUGAAACUAUUCAAAUGCUCUUAAAUAGAGUAAAUGGUACUUUUAUAGUUCUCUCAGUUGACUAAAUUCCACUGAUUUGUCUGCUUUAGCCUCUUAGCUUUUCCUCGUUACUUAAUAAAAAUGACUGGAUUAAAUGAGUGCUUAGUUACUGGUGUGUGUGCAUAGUUGUGUGUGUAUACACACACGUACACACAGAUAAAUAUAUAUAUAUAUAUAGUUUUUUAUGCAUUAUUUCACUUAAAGAUAAUUUAUAUCUGAUAGAGAGAAUUUUUUAGCUUUUUUACUUGUUUCAACGUAAAAACUUUUAUAUGAAUUUUAAGAUAUUUGAAAAACUGAGUGGAUACAGAAAAUGAGAGUUCCUCUGUCCACCAGCGUCACCUACAUGGCAUCACUGCCAGCCUCACUUCGCCUUUGGAGUCAGCAGCAUCAACUCCACUGCAAUCAGAUAAACUGCACCAGAGAUGUGUUUGGUUUGCUAGCUACAUGUCAGUGUUUUGCCAAAUGAGGGCUUUGUUCUUUUUGUAUGUCAGACAUAAGUCUGAUUUUACACACGUCCUCUUUUUUCUAAGUAAAUUAGUUGGCGGGAUUAGUUUUCUUGAAUUCUUACUUAACCACUUCAAUUUUUGUGACUGUGCAUUGAGAAAUGUGUCCAGUGUGAUGUGAAAAAUAAUCUACAAUUUGAAAGAAGGUGAGGAAGACAGAAGUCAUUUUCUCAAGAGAACACAUUAAUUGACUUCAUAAAUGUACGAUCAGAUUCUGCCUUCAGAGAUGGGCAAAACUCUUCUAAACACAGUGGGACCAAUGUAAGCUUAUCUGAGAGCAGAAUUUGAGCUACAAGGUUGAACUGAAGCAUUUUCUUACCCUUGAAACUGGCUGUAGCAGUAGAAGACGUGUUAUGGCUGUAUGCUAAUUGGAGGAGUCAAAUAACCUUUACUUACCUUGUUACUUACCUUAUUUACUUUCCAAGACCCUAAGCAAUUCUGGUCAAUGUCUGUGAAAUGUGCAGUAAAAUCUUGCUGGC